AUGAAACGAGCAGUAGUUGAGGGCUCGAGGCGGGCAGGUGGUGAUCACGUGCUUCUUGUUGUCCUUUCCUCGCACUCCAGUGGCGGCAUCAACAUGGCGAGUACAAGUCGCAAAACUGCAUCCAAAACACCAAAGACACCUGCUCGUGGUCGUAAAGAUAAUCGAGAGCCACUUACACCAUCCUUAACACACGCCCUCAACGGUCUUAAACUCAACAACAAUGAGGAUCCCUCUAAUUCUUCGAUUAAACUAUCCUCUAUGGGUGAUGCGGAUGUAUCAGUCAAUCCUUUUCUUGAAACCUCGAUUCCAUUGGGGCAGUCGCUGAAGAGUACCGCCAUUUUCGGCGGCGGCGGAGGCAGCGCAUCUCGCACACAAAGUGGUCGGCCCAACUCUCGGCCUGGUAGUCGGAAUGGGAGCCGACCUGGAUCUAGGACGGGUUCACGUUCAGGUAGCCCAUCUAAGCGUAGCAAGAGCGCUCAUGGUCCCAAGAACACGGUUAAUCUCUACGGUAUGGAAACAAAACUAGACAUCAUCGAGAUAUCGGCCUGGCCACCAAACAAGAAGGAAGAAAAGAAGGAAUCUACGAAUGAAGCUACUCCUCGCAGACGUACCAAAUCUCAAAGCAAUGCUGUAAGUACCCUAGUGUCCCAAUCAAAUUUGCCAUCUAACAAAUUCCGGUUCGAUCAGCGGCCAAGAUCUUUUAUAGAAGAUCCAGGAGAUCGCUAUUUCAUGGAUCGAAAUCCAAAUGCGACUGUCCUCAGCCUAAGCCCUCCACGUGCAGGUUCUGCGGAGAACUCGCCUGCACAUGUGGCGAGACUCGCUUCCGCUGCAAAUUUAGAGCCAGAUGGUCGAAUCCUAACCUUCCAUCAGCCGCCCCCUGUCUCGAAUGCCGAUCCGAUGCUGGCCGCACAAAGGCUUCACGCUCAAUCUUUGUAUGCGCGUGAUAAACCAGCGGGAUCGGCGAGCAGCAGCUCAACUUCCUCAGCAACAGCUAAAAUUCGGCGUCUUCCCACACAACCGGAACGUGUACUUGAUGCACCCGGGAUAAAAGAUGACUUUUAUCUCAACCUGCUCGCGUGGUCCAGUAGGAAUGAACUAGCGGUCGCUUUGGAGGAAAACACGUACGUUUGGCGCGCAUCAACGGGUGCAGCUUCUCACCUUGCGGAAUGUUCGGAAGGAAACUGGGUUACUUCGCUGGAUUGGUCCGCUGAUGGCGCGUUUCUAGCCAUUGGAGUCUCUAAUGGUGACGUCGAACUGUGGGAUACCGAUUCUGAGAAGAAGCUGAGGACUAUGUCCGGGCACCAAGCUCAGGUAGCUUCAUUGAGCUGGAACAACCAUAUCUUAAGUAGUGGUUGUCAAGAUGGAAGCAUAUGGCAUCACGACGUCCGAGUGGCAACCCACCAUCAAGGGACUUUACUUGGUCACGUUGGUGAGGUCUGUGGGCUGAAGUGGCGUCCUGAUGGCCUUCUUCUGGCUAGUGGAGGAAACGACAACGUCGUGAAUGUCUGGGAUGGGCGGACAAUAGGACUAGAAGAGCCUCAACGAACAGCUAAAUGGACCAAAAGAAAUCAUACUGCUGCCGUCAAGGCUUUAGCUUGGUGUCCAUGGCAAGAUUCACUUCUCGCCUCAGGAGGUGGAACGGGAGAUGCCACUGUCCAUUUCUGGAAUACCAAUACAGGCGCUCGAACAGCGUCCCUGACGACUCCAGCACAAGUUACUUCAAUUCAAUUCUCUCCUCUAGCCAAGGAAUUCGCAACGACUCACGGCUACCCUACAAAUUCUGUGAUGGUUCACUCAUAUCCAUCCUUGACAAAGAUAGGAGAAAUCAAGGAUGCCCAUGACUCACGCGUCUUAUACUCCGCUAUUAGCCCUCAAGGAGAUGUCGUUGUCACUGGUGCUGGGGACGAGAAUGUCAAAUUUUGGAAGCUAUGGGAAGUUCCGCCAAAGAAAACAAAAAGUGCAUCUAAAGGCAAAUUUCGAACUCCGCUUCAACUCCCAUUCAGCCGCCUCCUGCUACAAGCAGAACCGUAUCCAAUUCGAGUCGACGCAUUUGCCACACCUGCUGAUGUGCAAGACCUUCCACCUCCAGCUUUAUAUUUACUCACACACACUCACUGUGAUCAUAUCAAUGGUUUAGCGUCACGUGCCUUUGGUGGGAUGGUCGUUUGCUCGACGGUAGCCAAAGAGAUGCUGUUACGCUGGGAGCCUUCUGCUGAGCGGAUGGAAUACGACAGAGGGCUGAGGAUCCUACCAGUUCGUAAUAACGGGAAGGUAGAUUAUACCUUUGCUCGAGAUUUACUCGUAUGUUCAUUGUCCUUGCAACACUUGGAAGUCUCGCUAAGACGAGUAGAGGGCCAUUCCCUUGAACACCCCAACAACUUUCGAAUUGUCUGCAACCUUGACGGUUCAAGUGACUAUGGUGCAGUAUUGCACACCGGAGACGUGAGAGCGGAGCCUUUCUUCAUCGAAUCACUGUCUAGGAACCCCAUUUUGCAGCAAUAUAUUCCCCACGCCAAUACAGAAUGGCCAGCUAUUCCCGAUUGCCCCGUCCAGGCUCUUGAAGCCAUCCAUAUUGACACAGCCAACCUGUUACAGACGAACGAUAUGCCGACUAAAGAGGAAGCAGUACGGGCAAUGAUUGAAAUUAUGGAACUAUAUGAUCCUGAAACUAUAUUCUACAUCAACGCCUGGACAUGGGGCUAUGAGGAUGCCCUCAAGGCCGUGGCAAGAAGAUUUUGCACUAAAGCCGAAAUAUAUAAACAGAGCGACGACCGAUUCCUGAAAUCGAUCAUCACCUCUGAUAAAACGACACGUUUCCACGCUUGUGAAAAGCUACGUCCAUGUAAGGCUAUUGGCCAGAUUGGUUCGGACGUGGUGUUUGUCACAUUCAGCGAGAUGGGACGUCGGCAAUGGGAGGAGAAUCGUAAAGCAGUACUAGAACACUUGAGGUCAGGGGAAAGAGCUUCUGAGCUAACGAUACCUAUGGCGAGACAUUCUGGUCUUAUCGAGCUGCAGCAGCUCGUUUCCGUGUUUCGUCCUAAACGAGUAGUUCCAAACUUUCUCAACCCAUCGCUCAAGGGCCUUGAUUGGAUCUGUAUGCCCGCUAUGUUUGAAGGAUUUAUGGUCUCUGGUGGUGGCGAUGAGAUGCGCGCAGAAAUCCAAGC